UUAACAAGCAAUAAUCACUUGGAACCCAAGUCGAAAAUUCAAAACUAUGGUGAUUUAUACACCAAUGGUGAUGUCGCUCUCCAAUCUGUUUUUCCACAAUUAAGCCAGGGUGAAGACGGUUUGAUAUCCGAAAAAUUGUCCGACCAACAGGCUACAUCUCGAACUGGAGAUGUAGCAUACUCGAUGGUGAAAGGACUUACCAGGCUAGCACCAAGAAAGUCUUACGUAACAGCGAGUUUGAACGAAAGGUUAGGCCAACUGAACGAUCCCAUGCUUAUUAAACUGAAGAAUAUUCUUCAGUCCUUAAGAAAGCGAAGUACCAAAAAUAUUGAUGGUAAACAAGUUGUUUAUUCUAUGUCAAAUACUGGCGCAUUUCAGCGAGGGCGAAGGCAUGCAAUAAUUGGUACGUACGACCUCUACAAGGAUAACCUCAAUUCCAAAGAAGUUUCUGAAAAGAAGUCUGCAAUAGACAAAGAAAAAGGAGGACCAAACUGGGGUUUUCUUAACGAUUUUUCCCCUAACAUUAGACUCGCAUCUAUGAUUUUGCUCAAACAAAAGCGAAACGGUUUCCGCAGAGGGGACUUACACGUGCACUCAAGAUCCUUGGGAAAAUCAAGUGGAAAAGAAAACCCUCUUGCAGAAAGGGGUGAACAGAAAACCAUUGUCCGCGCAACUCAAAAUCAGCCGAAACAAGGCAUGUUCUUCACGAAUCAAAGUAGAACUUCGUUGGUUCCCACUAUUAAAUCUUUCAAUAGCACAAUGCCUACAAGAGCAACUCAAAAGGGUAGCCAAAAGAUGCAUAAAAGAAAAAAUAGGAAAAUUGCCAGACAUAAUAUCCAAGACCGUAUCAGUGGGGCAUACAUUUAUCCAGCGAAAAAGUAUGGACAUGGAACGCUUUGGUCGCCUUAUGAGAUAGGACCUGACCAAAGACAAAUGAUGCAGUUCUUGGAUUCGAAAGAACAGUUUCAAGCACAGCAGAUGGACAUGGAAAAUCGCUUACGAGCAAUGAGAUCACGAGGUUUAUUAAAUUCCCUAGCCUUUGUAAAUCCACACUUCGUUUUUCGCCCUCCCUUGCGGUAUCCCAUGAUGCCUUUUCAACAGCAGCAGUAUGAUUAUAUGGAAAGAAAUGAAUUUCCGGCAAGACGAUUUCCUUUCCGAAACAAUUUACAAUUUAUGCCAACCGCAAAUUAUAAUUUCUUUCCUAUUCGGAACUUGGGUUUUGUUUCUGGAAUGAGGGAGCCAGAUAUCGAAACGAAUGUCGAAAAUGAGUUACAAGAAAAAAGCGAAUAUCCAGCGGAAAGCGAUCAAGGCUCAGUCGUCGAAAACAAUUUAAAUUUUCCAUCGUUUCCUCCUCCGCAAGCAGGCGUUAAAGAACUAUCUAAAAACGAUCAAAGUUCAUUAGAUGGCCGAUAUGCCCAGGUAAUACAAGUAGAAGCUAAUAAAUUCUACAAGGACAUCCCCAAUGGAAACACCAGUCCUUAUGACGAGCGAAUUCAAGGAAGUUCUACUUAUAUCAACCCACAACUGACGAGAAUGCAAGCGGUUAAUCAGCCUCUAAUAAUGUCUCACAAGUGGUUUCCUAUAGGGCAAAACAAAAUAUCUUUAAUGGCUGAUCCUCGCAAAGUUUCUUCUCAGUGGCCCCCUCGUCUGCCCGGAUUGGACCGCGCUUUGACGUUAAAUAUUCUUCAAGGGAGGGGCUACUUCCCUUCAAUCUACAACCCAGUUCUGAGAGGUGUUUAUAAGGACACUGAAGCUCGUGUCCAGCCUGUCUAUGACGACGGGGAAAGUUAUAGUGGUUUUUCCAAAUAUGGAAGUGGUAUCGAACGUGAAUCCAAGGGAUCUAGCCGCCGUAAUCAAAUUACCCUGCCCACUCAUAAAAUGGAAGUAAUAAAGGAACCAGGGAAAAAGUUAGCAAAUAAAACAAAAGGAGAAGGAAUCCAAGUCACAAAGGAAUCUUCCAGUGUUUUAAAGUUCAAAGAACACUUAGCUCGUAGAAAUAGAUUACAUCACCCCUUGAUCGAUAGUAAAAGAGGAGAAAAUUCAUCAGAAAAAUUACACCAUGCAACUGAGCAAAUCGUUAACCCUAAGAUAAACUCGAACAAAAUGCAACAGCCUUCUCUUGCUAAUAGACCAAAAAAUAAAGGACGCGUCACCAGAAAUUAUGUAAAUACGGUAAAUUAUGUCCUGAAUCAUCGCAUGUUACCAAAUAUCCGCUCCUUUGCACCACUAUACACUCCAAUUGGUCUUGGCUCUGAUAGGGGUGUUUCAUGGGAACAGCUGAUGGCAACGAAAACGCCAUUUUUAGUAAAAGGAAGGUUAUCUGGUUUAGGCAACUCUAUUAGAAGGUGGCCCUUAGGUUCAGAGAGACAAUUCAGUCAAGUCAACGUCCCACAGCCAAUGACGUAUUUGUCUCACCAGCAAGUCGCUCAGAUUCCAGAGACCUCGUUUAUUAGAGACGACGCACAAGUGCAACGGCCUUAUGCAGAAAGCAGGACUGCUUUUCAGUCAAAUGGAAAUGAAGAGUCUAAUGAGCCACACCAAACUCCUGAAUACUAUGCAAAUGAGGAAAAAGAAACUGAACACAACGAACCGGAAAUUAUUACCCUCCCUUCGAAUUACGCAGGGGGGGAGAACGGCGUCACCCAAAACCUAGGAAAUCCAUUUGAUGGAGGUCCAGCUUAUCCUGAGCAAAGUAUAACAGAAUUAAAACCAAUUGCUGAGAGUGCACCAGAAAAUGGAGUUGCGGAGAGUAGUCUGAGUAGCAGACGAGACUUAACGGAUAGCGGAGAAACCUUUGCAGAGAAAGAUGACAUGCAGGGUGAUACUCAAGAUACGAACAGUGGAACUGACGCAAGUUUCACACCCGGCUUACUAGAUGGGUUAGACAAUACACAGGCCAGUCUUCUUCAACGGCAAAUCGAGGGAAGAAACCCUGACCGUGAAGGCCCCCUUAGUUUCUCCGACAGAUUUCAUUUCAUGCCACGACCGCAAGCAAUUAUCCAUCAACGAGCCCAUUAUCGCAGCAAAGGCAUUGGUAAUAAUUUAGGGAUUCGGGAUGGGCAUCGGAUAAGAUUACCAAAUUUAUCAUUAGAUUCCAUAGAGAAAAUGAUUGAUUCAGCGUCCAUGGGAAACGGAAAAGCCGCUCAAGAUAUAAAUGGACUUCAUGGAUACGGUUCAAAAUCUAAGGGAAGUGUUGACCAAGCAGGUUUUGAUGAUAACCAAGACUGGAAAUCGGCUCUAAUGAAUCAGUCACCAACCGAAUUUAACUCAAAACUCGAAAAUGCUAUGUUACAAUGGAACAGUGCAACCAAACCACAUCACAAAACUGCCAGUUCAAGUGAAUCAUCUCUCGACAGCUCCUCUGACACUGUAUCGGUUCCUUCGACAAGUGCGACUGAUAGUCAGGACAUAGUUCCUGGGAUUACGUUUGAUACCCAAGGACAGCGUCCAGGGCCACUAUUUAUGUCUAAGGCACCACCAGGUCUCGAGAGUGACAGUAGUUUUGAAACAGUUCUUAUGGUUCCACCACAAGGAAAGACAUUGAAGGAACAAAGUGGAACGAAGAAGGCAACAAUACAUCGCAAGGAGGUCCAGCACGAAAAUACUACAAAAUCAAGGGAUUAG